UGCAUAACAACACGCCCUCUCGACUUCAGUCUCUCAAAUUGACUUUUCGUACACACAGAUGUUUGUCAAAAACUUUCCAACGUGCAGGGUGGUGUUGUGCGCUCUACGUAUGGAAAUGGAGUUUGAAAUAAAGAUCUUUCCCAGGACCGGGGGGUUCGGACCCUACAACCGGUCCGUGGCAGCUUUCAGCUGGAUCUCAAACUUUGCGGUCGUGCUUAGCCUUUUCUCAGAGGUGUUUUUUACUUUGAAACCAGGAUCCUACCACUGCCGACUGGACCCGUCUUUACUCCCCUCUGAAACCCCUAAUCUGUCUGCCCAAGAGCUAUUGAAUGUCAGCAUACCUUGGGUGAAAGGGUCGGGGUUGAGUCAUUGUGAACUUUAUAAGUACCCUGCAAAUUUUUCCAAUUUUACGAUAAAUUUCCCAAAAGAGACUGUACAUUGCACACAAGGUUGGGAAUACACGACUGGAGCGGGUCUUGAAACCAACAUUGUCACUCAGUGGGAUCUGGUGUGUCAGAACUACUGGAAGAUUCCACUGGAACAAAUCUGCUACAUGAUUGGCUGGAUCUCUGGGUACGUCGUUCUGGGUUCUGCUUGUGACAGGCUGGGUCGCCGGGUGAUCUUCCUGGGGUCGGUGCUGCUCUCUGGGCUGCUCGGAGUCGGGGUGUCUCUCUCGCUGAACCCCAUCAUGUUCUUGUUCCUGCGGCUCUCGCAGGGGGCCGCCCUGGCUGGGGUGUUCCUCGCCACAUACAUCGCUAGACUGGAGCUGUGUGACCCACCCCACCGCCUCAUGAUCACUAUGAUUGGUGGGUUGUUUGCAGUGGGCGGGGAGCUGCUGUUGCCGGGGCUGGCAGUGCUCUGUCGUGAUUGGCAGGUCAUGCAGUUAGUGGUUACUUUGUCUCUGCUGCUGCUUUUAAAUUACUGGUGGUGUACCUCUGUGUUCCCCGAGUCGCCCCGCUGGCUCCUGGCCACACAGCAGAUCCAUCGAGCCAAGAGCGUCCUGCAGAGUUUCUCCUUGCAUAACGGAGUGUGCCUGAGGGAUGAGAUCUACAACUCCGAGAACCUGCUGUCAGAGAUAGACUCGGUGUACACUGACGACUGUGAGCCGUGCUUCCACAACGUCUGCGAGAUGGUGGGCACGCGUGUGAUCUGGAAGAACAGCCUCAUCCUGGCAUUCACAGCGUUCAUCGGCAGGGGGAUCCAGUACUGCUUCACCCGGAACCUGCUUGAUUUUCACCCUCACUUCUACUUCAGCUACUACAUGCGCGCGCUGUCCAGGGGCCUAGCCUGUGUGCUGCUGUGUGUCUCAGUGAACCGCUUCGGCCGCCGAGGGAUCCUGCUGCUCGCGUCCAUCCUGACUGGCAUGGCGUCCCUGCUGCUGCUCGCCCUCACGCAGUAUCUGAAGGACGGGUUUGUCCUGGUGCUCUCCAUCGUGGGGCUCCUGGCCUCCCAGGCCGUCGCCAUGCUCAGUGUGUUCUUCGCCAGCGAGGUGCUGCCCACAGUCAUCAGGGGUGGGGGUCUGGGUCUGAUCCUAGCGGCAAGCUGCGUGGGUAAAGUUGCCUCCUCCCUCAUGGAGCUGCACAACAACCAGGGAUACUUCCUGCACCAUGUGGUGUUCGCUUCCUUCACUGUGCUGUCCGUGCUCUGCGUCAUGCUGUUGCCCGAGAGCAAGCGCAAGCCCCUGCCAGACUCCCUCAAGGAGGGGGAGAACCUGCGCCGGCCGCCCCUCUUCCUGUCCCACAGGAACCAUGACCACCCGCCCCUGCUCCAGCACCAGCCCGGAGCUGCAUCAGAGUACAACCCCGACAGCUACUCGCGCCUGGUCAGCGCCACCAAGAAGAUGCUGGCCAGAGACUUUAAACUGCAAUCACCGCUGACCCUGGAGCCACUCUUAAAUGGGACCAGCGUGCUGGGUGGGCCAGAGAAUGAGGAUUCCUUCUAAGAUUUCUGUGUGAAAAGUGCUCAGGAGAGACACUGGCAUCCCUCCCCACAGUUAUAUAGGGAGGCUUGCGGGAGUAGAUGUUGUAGCGAAGCGCAGAACUUCGCCUUUGGAAUCGCCUAUUUACAGUACCUCUAGUUUGUGCCCCCACUCCCGCAUCAGAAAAGAUACGUUUCCAAGACACUGGUAACUAAUGUGAGAGGAGGAGGGGGGGGAUGAGAGAACCACUCCAGACCAUGAUAAAGACACUUUAAUGUGGACUUUGUCAUUCUGUAGAUCUGCUGAUCUAAACGGUAAGAUUAUGGAUGAACUAAUGCAUACCAUCUUUAAUCCUGUUCAAAAGCUGCUGCAGAAGGGAAAGACUUUUACAGGUUCAUUGUAUUUUAUUGUUUUGUUGCUUGGUUCUGACACACAGCUGUGACAAGAGACCAAUCUCCUAAGAAUGUCAGUAAUCCGCACCUUAGCAGUAACCUGAACUCUUCUGAGCCGUGGCAAUAAGCAUCUGGGUUUGGCUUGGGAGGUGAAUAUAUUCUAAAUGCAGCACUUGCAGAUCAUGAUGCAAUGCGAUAGAAGUGUUGGACUACUUUUUGUAAAAUAUGUAAAAGAAGAUAACAUUGUUCUUAAUGAUAAACUCUUUUGUCACGAGGUGUAGCUUUUAAAGACAUUAUGUAUCGGUACCAAAAGAAAAUAACUUGCAUGCAUUCAUCAUUCAAGACUACAAGUUGCCACUCGGUUGCUGGGUGUUUUGGUGGUGUUUCUGUGCAUUUAUAGGAAGGGGCUUCAUCAUAUACUGUAAUCAUUUUAAAAUAGAAAUGGAUAUCUCUGUAUAACUUGCUGGAUCCAAAGCUCUUUACUUGGCACGACCCUAAAGGUCUGUUCAGUACAGACUUGUGUGAAUUAAACUGACGAAUGAUGUCUGAAAAAGGGAGUAUUAUCUCUGUCAUUGACAGAAUGUUUGCAUAUUCAGCUCAACUGUGCUAAGAAAUUCUAUUUGAGCAGCAGCUCUCUGUCUUGUUUUAUUGGUGGUGAUCGAUUUUCGCUGGCAUCGUGUCGGUCUCCCUACUGUGUUGAUGAACUGACCUCCAGAAUAUGUACAAUAUUCAAGGUACUGUUUUAAUAGAACUAACCAAGUACAGAACGGUUCUUUCAUUUCUGUUCUGUAGACGUACAUUGGGUUGUAUUGUGCAUUCUACAAAAUAUAUGUUGCAUGUAAUAUAUAGAUCUAGGAGUUUGGCACAUAAGCACAUGCAAAAAAUAAAUAAAAAUACACAUUCACACCCACCAACACAUUUUCACACGUCAAAAGGGGGGGAAAACAUAUUCUGUCACAGUUUAAAACACUGUUUGAGUAUCAGAAAAUAUUCUGGUUAACUUUUAAAAAACAGCAUGAAUCCUUACCACUAACAGCAUAAACACAUUCAACACUCUGAAACAGAGGAAAACGAAAAUCUACUUUCACACAUUCUUACAUUCUUUUGAGAAAUAGCAACUUCAACCAUUACCCAACAGCCUAUUCUAAAGCUGAGUCACAGGUUUUAAAACACAUCAGCUUAUAUGCUGCAGCAAAAAGAUGGGCGCCCUCUUGUGGUCAUACACAGCAUCAACAAAAAUGUGUGUCACUAGCACUGUACUAGAGGCUGUAUAUUCCAUUGUAAUAGUUCAUUUACACAUUUUUCAUAGUUGUGUGUGUUUUUUUUUAAAUGUCAAUUCAUGCAAUACAAAUAAACUUGAUUUUAUUUUGUUCCAUUAA